AUGGGUGUAACCGUUCUCCAGCCAUAUCAAAUACCAGAAGGUAAAACUGGUGCCCAGGCCAUAGACUUCCUAACAAAACGCCUGCUCGCCUUGGGAGCGGUACACACCGGGCAAUUUCUAGUGGAUUGUGAAACGUAUAUUUCGGCCCCACAACAUGGUCCCUCCAAGGCGGUACAUGUUCUCCACGAUUCCGAAUAUCCCGUGACAACAUUUUCCAUUUUGGAUACUGGUACCGGCAAGCAAAUACCCCUGGUCGCCGACAACCUCUUCGAUUUGUUAAUGCUGAAAAUGACCUCCGUCUACACAUCGAAGAAACAGACAAAAAUUGAAUCUAAAGGAGCACGAUUUGAAUAUGGAGAUUUCCUAAUAAAAUUAGGUUCCGUAACUAUGAUGGAAAAUUUCAAAGGUAUCCUCAUUGAAAUUGAAUAUCGGCCGUGUGUUGUUCUCUUCUAUUGUUGGGAAAUGAUACGAGAAGUAUUGCAAUCGUUUCUUGGCGUUACGGUGCCUAAAGAGUAUCCAGGUUAUUUUUCAUCACAACCUGUGGUGAAUGCAAUGGGUCAGCAACAGUUACAUGCCAAGCAGCAUGAUAUCUAUGAACCGAUCGAUACGAUUAAUCAAUAUUUGGAACAUUUUACCAAUUAUCGUAAACAGAAUAUAAUGCCACAGGUCUCGUCACAAUCAUCGAAUAUGUCAAUGAAUACGGGAAUGAGGGUGUCAUAA